AUGUCAGUUUCAACUAUCGUUAACAUUCAAAAAAAUCUAGGUCGUUAUGGUUUAUCGGCAUUAAUUUUGCUCGGUAAUGUGGGCAAUAUUUUAACAAUUCUUAUAUUUAUCCGAACAUUAAGAAAACAACUAAAUUCAUGUACAUGCUAUUUGUUAGCUGCUUCAAUUACAAAUUGGAUUUUGAUUAAUAGCACACUUAUUUCAACGGUCUAUGGUGUUGAUCAUGUUGAUCCACAGCAUAGAUCACUUGUCGUCUGUAAAUUACGCUGGUAUGGAGGACAAAUACUAUUAAUGCUUUCACGAAGUUUCAUGAUAGCUGCAUGUAUUGACCGAUGGGCUCUUACUUCUCCAUAUGCUAAGAUUCGAUCAUUUUGCCGACCAAAAAUAGCUCGUAACGUUAUUUUUUGUCUUUUGUUGAUUUGGCCAAUCAUACCAGUGCAUAUGGCUAUUUUCAUUAACAAUUAUUCUGGCCGUUGUGGUGCGCCUUCCUAUUAUGCUUUCGCAUUUGCUGUCUACUUAUUUAUUUUUAUUGGCUUUCUUCCACCAUUUUUGAUGAUUUUCUUUGGUGUCCUGGCCUGGAAUAAUUUAAGACAAAUUCGAUCACGAGUUACACCUAGACAGAAUCUUGCUCAAGUUCGUUUUCAUAAAGCGGAUCGUGAUUUAAUGAGAAUGUUAGCGGGUGAGGUAUUGGUCUAUGUAGUAACUACAAUUCUUUAUCCUGCUAAUGUACUCUAUGGUUUUAUCACGACGCCCAUUGCACAACAAAAGAGUGAAAUGCGAUUAGCUAUCGAAGGACUUGUUGGAUACAUUAUUAGUCCAUUAUUGAAUUAUAUUUACUGUGUUGCUCCAUUCUAUGCUAAAGUAGCAUUGCUUCGAUGGAAUACAUCUGGAAUUACUAUAGCUGGUGUAACAAAUAUGUCUGGAAAUACUUCUAAUCAGUUGAACGAGCCAUGGGAUCUGGCAUUAGAUUGGUCAAAUGCAUUAUAUGUUACUGAUCAGAAAAACAAUCGAGUUCAGAAAUUUUUGAUGGGCAUGUCGACAGGUACAACUGUUGCUGGUCAAGCCAAUGCAACUGGAGGGUUAACAUUGAAUUAUCUGCGUGGACCGUUGGGUAUUGUUGUCGAUGAGUACAGUAAUAUCUAUGUAGCAGAUAGGAAUAAUGAUCGAGUUGUUGUUUGGUCCGAUGGCGCAUUAUCUGGCUCUCUAUUUGCGGGAACUGGUACUGCUGGUAUUUCAAUGAAUCAAUUGAGCGAACCGUAUGGCCUCGCACGUGAUUCAAGUUCCGAUACAAUUUAUGUAGCAGAUUUUAAGAAUCAUCGAAUUAUGCGUUAUUCCCAAAGUAAUUCUUCAGGUACGCUAGUUGCUGGUGGAAAUGGUAAUGGAACAAAUCAGACACAAUUGUUAUUACCAAAUGCUAUUUAUUUCGAUUCAUUGUCGAACAGUCUUCUCAUUGUAAAUACAGGUGCUCACAAUAUUGUUCGGUGGGUGUUAGGUGCCAGUAAUUGGACACUUGCUGCAGGUAAUAUUAAUGGAACAGCUGGUACAUCAUCAACACAUUUAAAGUCUCCGACAGAUGUGACACUCGAUCCGAUGGGUAAUAUGUAUGUUGUUGAUAGAAACAAUCAACGAAUACAAUUCUUUCCAGUUGGUGAAACAAAUGGUACAACUAUUCUUGGUACAACAGGCAUAACUGGCAAAGAAUUUCAUUUGAUUAAUGAUGAAAAUCUCGAAGAAAUGUCUAUUAUAUGGCUUGAUUCUAAUAUUCAUAAGACUGAUGACUGUUUAGAAAUGAUGAAUGCAUUACGUUCUAUUAUUAAUGACUUACAUGCAUAUGAUAAUAUUGAAAAAUGUAUAAAUUAUAUUAAUUCCAUUGGAACAGAUGAAAAAAUUGUUUUUAUUGUUUCGGGUCCAUUAGGUGAGAAAAUUAUACCAGACAUAUAUCAAUCACCGAAAAUUGUAUCAAUUUAUAUAUUUUGUUAUGAUAAAACAAAACAUGAAGUAUGGUCAAAUCAAUAUAAAGCUAAAAUACAAGGUGUUUUCAAUGAAAAAAAUUUACUGUAUUCUAAGUUAAUAUCAGAUGUUAAUUUACAGCUACGAAAUUUUUUACCAAUAAGUGUAUUGAGCGAAAAUGCAAAACAAAAAUCUAUUACAGAUUUAAAUAGACAAAGUACAUCUUUUAUGUGGUUUCAAUUAUUAAUUGGAAUUUUGAUUCAUUUGAAACAUAAUGAACAUGCUAAGGAUGAAAUGAUAAAUGCAUGUCGAAAACAAUAUAAAGAUGAUUCAGAUCCAAAACUAGCUGCAAUAUAUAAUAAUAUUGCAUUGCUUUAUACCGAAUUAGAUAAUAAUGACGAAGCAUUAUCCCAUUAUAGGAAGGCAUUAGAACUUGAGAUCAAAUUUUUACCAUCGAAUCAUGAUAAAAUUGGAACAACAUAUAAUAAUAUUGCUUUAUUAUAUAGAAAUAAACGUCAUUAUGGUGAAGCAUUGAAUAAUUAUGAAAAAGCUCGUGAAGUAUAUUUAAAUAACUUAGGAAAAGAUCAUCCCAAUGUUGCAUCUGUUGAUCACAAUAUUGGAGAUAUUUAUUAUAAAAUUGGUCAAUUUGAUAAAGCAUUUGAUUAUUUUAAAGAAGCAAUUGAUAUACAAUCAAAAUUUCUUUCAGAAAAUCAUGUAGAUCUUGCAAAAUUAUUCAAUAGUAUUGCAGCAAUUUAUUGUGACAAAGAAAAUUAUGACAAAGCACUUGAAUAUUGUAAAAGAACACAUGAUAUACAAUCAAAAUUAUUACCCAAGAAACAUCCUGAUUUAGCUACAACCUAUGUUACUUAUGGCACAAUUUACUUAAAAUUAAAUAAACAUAGUGAAGCAUUGAAAUACUAUGAAGAUUCUCUCGAAAUUAUGUUAACACUAUAUAAAGAUGAUCAUUCUGAUCUUCAAUCGACUUAUGAUGCUAUUGGAGAAAUUUAUUUUACAAUCGAAAACUAUGAAAAAGCGCUUAACAUUCAAUUGAAAAUGUUACCUCAAACAGAGAAUGAAAUACAUAUAACAUACAACUGCUUAGGACUAGCUUAUAGUAAACAAAGUAAUUAUUUAGAAUCAAUGAAAAAUUUUGAAAAAGCAUUACAAAUUCCUUUAAAACCAGAAAAUCAGCUUGAAACAGCAAUAAUAUUUUCGUCUAUAGGAUUUAAUUAUCAAAGUCAACGUAACUAUCGAGAAGCAUUGAGAUAUUAUGAAAAAACAAUUGAAAUUCAUUCAAAUCUAUUAACAAGAUUUUAUCGCAAUCAAGUAACAACUUAUAGUAAUAUGGGAGCCAUUUAUUUUGAUGAACAAAAAUAUAAAGAAGCAUUAAAAUAUUUCAAGAUCGUUCUUAAUAUACAAAUGAAAUAUUUCGAAACAAAUUAUUUAGAUCAAGUCGAUACAUAUAAUAAAAUAGGUCAUACUUACAGAAAACUCAAAGAAUAUCAUGAUGCCAUGAUUAAUUAUAGAAAAGCACUUGAAGUUCAAAGUAAUCAUAUACCAUUAAAUGAUUAUAAAUUCGCAAAAACGUUUUAUAAUAUUGGAUUUACAUUUUAUGAACAGGAAAAUUUAGUCGAUGCAUUGGUUUACUUUACUAAAGCAUUAGAAAUUCAAUCACAAUAUACUCAUGAACAAUCAGAAGAUCUAGCAAUAAUAUACAAUAAUAUAGCGGAAAAAAAAUUAGAAUAUUAUCGUAAAGAACUGGAUAUUCGUUUAACAACAUUACAAUCUAAUUAUUCCGAUUUAGUAGUUAAUUAUCAAAAUCUUAGUAUGACAUAUUAUCAAUUGUCAGAAUUUGUUGAGGCAUUCAAAAUGAAUGAAAUGGCACUUAAAAUAGCUUCUGAACAUUUAUCAAAUGAUUAUGAAAAUCUCAUAACAUUAUACAGUGAUGCAGGCGCAAUGUAUUUCACAAAGAAAGAUUAUAAUAAAUCACUCGAAAAUUAUGAAAAAGCAAUUGAAAUAGGAUUGAAGUUUUUGCCUGCUGACGAUACCAAUCUUGAAAAUAUUUAUGAAAUUCUUGAUCAAAUUUAUUAUAAUAAAAAUAAUCUAAUUGAUAUCUCAUCUAGUAAUGUUUCACAAACUAAAAAAUUCACUUCAUUAACAUAUUAUAUAAUUGGAAAUAUUUUCAAUAAAAUGAACAGUUAUGAACAAGCGCUGGAGUUUUAUGAAAAUGCACAUCGAAUUGAAUUACAAAUGGUAUCACCGAAUCGUUUAUAUAUUGAAAAAUAUCAAGAUAAUAUUAAACAGACAAAGGAAAACCUAAAGAAAUUCACAAUAGAAUGA